GCGUGCGAAACGAAGGGAGUGGGAUACGUGCGCAACGAAGAAGAGAGAAAGAGCACCACGUUGGGUCGCAUUUGGUUUCAUUGAAGCGCGUGCAGGGUCUUCCGACCCGAGCCCCGACACCUCCAUUCACAAUAUUUUCAUUUCUUCCCCCUCCUUUUUUUCUUUCCUACGUUUCUCUAUAAGAUCUAACUCCUUCUUAUUGCACAAUCUUUUCCUCUUCCUUUCUCAUCCAUCGAUUAUAUUUACCACUUUCUCUCUCACACCUCAUAGCGAUUUCCCUCUGAUUUCGUCUUGGAAUUAGGGAGCAUUGGUUCCAAUAUGAGCUCUCGGACGAGCAGCAGGCAGACUGCUGUCAGAAGUUACCGGCGGAGGAAGGCAGUUUUAGACCUUGACCUUAACCGAGUGCCGGCUGGUGAGAAUCGUGAGCAGGAAGGACCUUCAACUCAGUUGGAGCCUCAAGUAUUAGAAACUCAAGCCAACAACCAGCAACAACAACCUCCGUUGAUUGAUGUGGAGGCCAUUGAUGAUGAUGUUAUUGAAUCUUCCCCUAGGGCCUUUGCUGAGGCUAAAAACAAUUCUAGAAGAAAUCGCUCCAGGACUAUAGUUGAUGUGGAUUUAGUAGAAGAGCAGAACAGGGUAAACAACAAUAAUCGCAACAAGCGCAGAAGAGAACCUCCAAAUCAAACCAUUAUCAAUUGUGAUCUCUAUAUUAAUUUGGAAGGCAGUAGCAGCUCUCCGGUGGAAAGUGUCAAGAAGCUACCCGAGCCUCCAAAAGAACCUGUCUUCAAUUGUCCUAUAUGCAUGGGCCCUUUGGUUGAAGAAAUGUCAACAAGGUGUGGUCAUAUUUUUUGCAAGGCAUGUAUCAAGUCUGCAAUAAGUGCUCAGGCUAAAUGUCCUACCUGUAGAAAAAAAAUUACCGUGAAAGAGCUUAUAAGGGUGUUUCUCCCAUCAACUGGUUAAGGGGUUUCUUUGCAAGCUGAGCCGAUGAUUACGGGGAAUGGAAGAAACCUUGCAGUUCGAAGAUUGACGAGUAGUUUUGUUGUUUCUAAGUUAUACCCCUUGUCGGUCUGAAUAGCUGUUUAAUUUAUCAUUUAUCAUAUACACGAUGUUUGGUGGAUACAAUUCCUUGCUAAGUUUUUUUUAGCUUUCAUGCUGAUUCUAUCUUUCUUUGGUGGAUAUACACUGCUAGAAAAGCCAGUUGUGACCUAUUCUUGACUCCAGGGAUUUAAUUAAGUAUGUAUAUUAGAUCCUUCUUGAGUUUACUGGUAGAAUUCAUUUGAUUCAGUUUGCCAGUAGAAAUCACUAUAUGCUUUGCCAA